CUUUUAAUGUUACAGUGAAGAUGCACUAUUUGUAUUGGAGAACUUUCUGUACCACCCACUAAUAACUCAGUAUAUAUAACCGUCUUCUUUCUACUGUAUUUAACACACAGGCUAAUAGUGUCUCUGUGUUUUGGUUCCCCUUUAGUGAACAUGAAGAUGAUGCUGAGUCUGUGUUGGCUGUUCAUUGCCAUAGUCCAUAAGGUUGAACCUCUCCUCUCUGAUAACUUCAGUAACUGCAAGGAUCCUUUCUAUAAAGGGCAACUCCCUCAAGGCUUUAAUCACAUUGCUCUCCCUCACCAUUUUAAUGCCUCAGAUUUACCUGAUGGGAUAAAGGAAAAUGAACUGACCUCUCCAGCUUAUAUCUGUCAGCAAUAUGGGAACAACGUUCACUUUGCUUCUCUUUAUGACAGAGGGAGGCGCAUUCCCCUCUAUUCUGCCUACAUCUUGGACAAGAGAUCUACAUCUAAGUCAGCAAAUAAUAGACCAGGAUUUUUCAAUGUAGAACCUCAGCUGGUUUAUAGGGGGGUUGAAGGCACAAUGCUACGUGAAUUAGACACCGUGAAAAAAAUAAGCAAGUACAACAAAGAGCAUGGCAUUUCUGAAAAAAAGGUGAAAAAUCGCUCCUCUUACCUUAUUUCAACAAGUCAAGCUAUUGAUGAUGACUAUAAAGGCUCUGGCUAUGAAAGAGGCCAUGUGAAUCCCAAUGGGCAUCAUGCAGGGGACAAAGAGCAGCACGCAACAUUCACCUUAACCAACGUGGUGCCAAUGACAACUAAAUUGAACACAGACAUCUGGAACAAAUAUGAGAUUAAAAUGAUUGGCUAUGCUGACGGCUGCACCACUAUGUAUGUGGUUACUGGUAUUGUGCCGGGCAAUAACUGGAUCAAGAGGAUGAAUACUGACAGUGUGAAUAUUCCCAGCUACGUGUGGAAUGCUUAUUGCUGUGUAGAUAAUAAUGGCAAACCAAUCAAAUCAGGGGCGGGGCUUAGGGAAAAUGAUAACUUAAACACAACAGUUAAUGAGAUUGGAAUUACUGAUCUUCAGGUGCAACUCAAAAAUUCUUUAGGAAAUAUUGAGAUAUUCCAAAAUAAUUGUGCUUAAUGACAUUUUGAAACAUCCUGAAAAAAAUGAUGAAAAAGGGUACAGUCAUAUUCUAACUGCACACAAUGCCUUCCUGUUACCUUUACCUAGAGUUUUACAUUGUCAGUCUUUAAACACAUAUAUAAGGCAGAAAACUUUUGUAAAAGAAAAGUGAAGUUAUUACAUUAACACAAGAUUUACAGCAGGUCUUGUAACACAUAGCAACCAAGCAGAUGUCUGGUUUUAAGCAGAUGCUACUUUGGUUGCCGUGUUUACUAGACCUGGGACUAAUUUUGCAACUUUUCUUAUAUUACCGUCUUGGGUUAGUGCUUUAAUCAUGGUGGCUUUUUUAGGGAGAAUUGUUGUGAUAAUUACUGUAGGAAGGUUCUUUCUAUUCUAGUAAAUGGCAAAUGCUCUGCUUAUUGUUCAUGAUAGUAAGUCUGCUAACAUAUGCAACUGCCAAAUAAAUCUGCUCUGAGCAACUGCAAAUA